GGCCGAUGUCCAUGGGCUGCUAGUUGCCAUGGUGUCAUUGGACGAGCCUUUGGACCUGAAGCUUCCACAGGCCAAUGGGAGGGUCAGGUUGGGAAAGAGGGCGUGUUCGGCCUCCAUCUGUGCCCCCCUCAGUGCCACACGACAACGUCUGCUACGUAACCUACCGAUGACCUACCCCUCACCACCUCCCUCUCCAGGUACCCCCCUGUACCACCAGGAGAGGGCAGGUUCCUGCACCCCCCCUGCCAUGGACCUGAGUCUCUCCCCCUCCUCCCGCCAUGCACCCUCCCCCUCUGCCUCCCCCUCCUCACCCCUGGACUACCCACCCAGCUGCAGCCCAGCCACACCCAUCUACUCCAGGGAAGCAGCUCUCCCUCGUUACCUGGAAGGCGGUGCUUCUCCGCAGGGCUUCCAGAUCUUCUUGCCAAUCGGAACCACAGGGGGCGGGUUCAACCUGCCCUCCUCCAUGUUCAUUAGUCAGCCCGGGGAGAAGCGGGCGUCACCCGAUCCCUCAUCGGACGAGCAGCUGGCCUGCCAUUGGAUGAAGUGCCACCUGCUGUUUGACUCGUUACAGGACCUGGUGGAUCACAUCAAUGACUACCAUGUCAAACCUGAAAAGGAUUCUGGGUACUGCUGCCACUGGGAGGGCUGUGCCCGCAACGGGAGGGGAUUCAACGCCAGGUACAAGAUGUUGAUCCACAUCAGGACUCACACCAAUGAGAAGCCUCACCACUGUCCCACCUGCAACAAGAGCUUUUCUCGCCUGGAGAACCUCAAGAUACACACACGCUCACACACAGGAGAGAAGCCGUACAUCUGUCCGUACGAGGGCUGCAGCAAGCGCUACUCCAACUCCAGCGACCGCUUCAAGCACACGCGCACCCACUACGUCGACAAGCCAUACUACUGCAAGAUGGCUGGCUGCCUUAAACGCUACACCGACCCCAGCUCCCUCCGCAAACACAUCAAGGCCCACGGACACUUCGUCGCGACCCAGGAACAGGCCUCCUCGGUCGGGCUCGGGGUGUUCCUCAAAGGGGGUGGUCUCCACGGAGGUAAUGGUGGAGGGGUCUCCGAGAUGGGCUAUGUCGGCGGGGCCCAUAUUAUCCUCCCAGGAGGGGCCGCCGUGGCUUCUCUCCUAGGGGGACACCAUCUGGGGGCCUCGCUGCCCCUCUCGGCCAUGUGUGGCCCCCUGGAUCUCAGCGGACUUGGUCACCCUGGAGCCUCCUUGUUCUCACUAGGUAGGGGAGGUGGGGGAUUGGGUUGGUGUGAUUCCUCCCUGCUCCCCUUCGGACUCUCGGCUGCAUCCGUGUUUGGGCUGGCUUCCAUGGGUCUGGGGCGGCUAGGGAGAGGGGAGAGCAGGAGGGAGGGGGAGGAGGAGGACGGGUGUGAAGAGGAGAGGGAGGAUGAGGUAUUGAAUUUGUCUGCGGGAGGGUACGGAGGGACAGGGGCGGGGCGUGACCUCCCUUCCUGGGUGGUGAUUCAAUCCCCUGGGGCGCUGGUGCUCAAACCAGCUGUUGUCAGCUAGGGCCAGGGUGUGUGUGUGCUCAGCUUGUGUGUGUGUUCAGCUUGGGACACAUGCUCACAUGCCUAUUUCUAUGAUCAAGGGACAGGGUGUGUGUGUAAGUUUCUGUGUGUGUGUUUGUGCCUAAACGAUGCCUCGGAGCUGACAGUUGGUGUGUAUGUGUGUGUGUGUGUGUGGGGGGGGGGUAGGUGCUUUAUGAAAGCUGCGUGGGGGUCAAAGGUAAUUCUCCUUUUCAGACAUGAAAAAAUGAUCAUUUCAACACAAAACAGUAACAGCAGGCUAAAGAAAACAACAAGAAAACUAUGGAAAUGUACCUCAAACAUUCCCUAUGGACUUUUUCAAUUGACUUUUCCCAAUGGACAUCCCUAAUUGACAUUCCCAAUUGAUUUGUGUGGCAACGCAGUUGGAUUUAUGUAAUCACCAUUAUAAUGUAAAGAAGAAGCAGCUGUUAUUGAGAGAAUUGAGGUAAUAUGCUCUUGUAUGUUUUGUUAGGCUCUGUGCUGCAUACAAAUGAUGACUAUCUAUGGACUAUAACGAUAACAGCUACUGUUCGUCUGGAUAGUCACUAUAACAGUGGGUUUUAUAUCAGUGUCUUUACCUAUUAUGGCCACCAGGGGGAGGUAGAGAGCCAGGUAAAUUCUGUCUAAUCUUUCUAGCCUCACAUCAGAACUGAAUUGUUCUGUGUAGAAGUUGUCUGUAGCCACAGAUCCUGGGUCAGCUUACCAUCCUUAACCGUUAAAAAAUGCAAAACUGACCUUAGAUCAGUGUUUAGGGCCAACUUUAUUCUCCUUCCUCCCCCUCUACUCAGACUCACAACAACAAACAGCCUUUAAAAUCCCCUGUAGGGGAUAGGCUCCUGAGGUUACAAGGUAAUCAGUGGAAAUAUGUGGUACACACUACAGAGUGAACACAGUCUUGUUGAAGCAUGUUGGAUGUCAAACUACAUUCUACAUGCAUCUGUGGAGUGGAUUCUAACUUCCACUUUAGUCAAACGUUGAUGACAAUGGGAGACUAAGUUCAAAUGUAACUGGAAGUUUAGGAUUCGCCUUUGUUAUUUUUUAAAUAUUUUUUUUACACAGGCAUGGUUAGGGGUAGCCUUCACUCAUGUUACCCGGUUACCCUGGGGUCCUCUGAGCUAAGAAUGUGGUAUUUAGUUCCAUUGUCAUGUAAAAUAAAAAAAAUAAACUGCCACCUGCAUAGUUGUACGGUUGGUUGCCAGGACAACAGAGGUGUGGUUUGGCUAUGAUGUUUCGCUGACAAUGACCCGCACCUUCCUCUCCCCUCAACCAACCUACUUGACCUGCAGUGGCUUCACACACCUAGGCUGCAUCUGAAAUGACCCCCUAUCCCCUGUAUAGUAUUCCUUAAAAGGUAGUGCACUGUAAAGGGAAUAGGGUGCUAUUUCAGACACACACCUCAUGUUUUAUGACUGACGAUCAAAUCCAAUAAUGUUGAAUGAAUUAAGCUUAAAAUAUCUUGUAUGUUUUUAUCCUACAAACGGAUCAAAUCUGGUGUGGUCCGAACGAACAGCCUUUAAAAUAUUCUGUAGGAAAUAGACUCCUGAGGUUACAAGGUAAUCAGUAGAAAUCUUUGGUACACACUACAGGGCAAAUACAGUCUUGUUGAAGCUUGUCAAACUACAUUCUGAAUCUAUCUUACAUAAGCAUUUACAUACCCCCCCUUCUCAAGUUUGUAUAGGUAUGAUAUCUCUGUUUCUUUUCAUCACUUGUGUAAAAAAAUGUUUUAUUUGUCUUUCUGGUUAAGACGAGACGUUUCUGUUGAAUGUUGAAGUUGUUCCUCUCUCUACCGCAACUAACUGCCAUCUUAUUUCGUCACUCGGUGACAAUGUGUGUGUCCCAAAUGGCACCCUAUUCCCUAUGAAGUGCGCUACUCAGUAGUGCACUACAUAGGGAACAGGUUGCCAUUUGGGGCGCAUACAAAGACAAUGAUCCUAUAUCAGGAUCUACAAACCCAACGAUGACGCAUUAACCCUUUGUGCGACAGACAUUUCUCAAUAAAGCCGACAAACCUCAUAAAAGUAUUAUUUGCUAGUUGCUUAUCCAACACAAGGUAGGGGCUUGUUAUUUGAUCUGCACACCUUACCUGGCAUCCAGUAUUAUUGGCCAAGUUAGGGAUUUCUAUUUGAUCCAGGUUUUAUUGAUUAGAUAAGUAGACCAAAUGUAAACAGAAGUGUGUACAUAACUGUGUAGUACUUAUAAUAGCUUCAUUAUUUGUAUUUAUUUACAGACAAAUCACACAAAAUAAUACUUAGUCGUUGUUGUAAGUAGAAUGUAACAAUGUGCAACUCCUCCAUGCCAGUUGAAUUUAAAUGUAGUUACAAACCAGGAACUGUAAGGUUGAUUGGAAAAACACGAGACUUUGGGUUCCCAUAUUGAGGUAACACAGAAAGUACAAAUAGGACAGAGGUGAAUUUACAUAUGAAGUCUACACAUGCGCAAAGGGUUAACGUUAGACUAUGGUCUACCUAUUGCAGGCCAGCAUCUGAUAUCAUUUCUUAUCCUCGUUUGCACAUUAAGAUUUUCUAUUAUUAUUAUGUAUUUUUUUAUGUUUCCAAGUGCCUUGUAUGUAUGUAUGUAUCAUAAGUGAAAUAUACCGAAAAUACACACAGCACAUUCAAUGAAGUACAGGUACAUGUAAUGCAAAUGUAUAAAUAUAGGUAUUUUUUCCCCACGGUCAACGCUUUCAUGACUGACUGUUUAAAGAGUUGACAAAAGGUGUGAUUGGUGACAUAGCUUUGUGUGUGUUCAGUUUUUUUUUUACGAGGACUGUUAAACGGAAAAUGUCAUUAAUGACGAUGACGUGACGUCAAUAAACAAUUAACAAAUCAA